UCAUGAGCAGACAGCGUCGCCCUUGCAGUGCAUUCACAGCACCAUCUCGGCGUUGCAUGAGUCGCUCCUUCUUCCCGAUCAUAUGCGUUCGCCACGUGAUGCGGCCUUGCCAACGCUCGGACGUGCACGCCAUCCAUGAUUGAUCCCGCAUGUUCACCAACUCAACUUCCCACUACAACCUCCCCACCACCCGCCCAAGCCUACACACCCAGCAGCCCGUCCUUUACCGUCCAUCUCAGUCGCCAAAGUAUGAGUCGAGGAGGAAAAUUGGCACCGGAAGUCAACCGAGCUCUCUUCGUAAAGAAUCUGAGCUUCAACGUCACCCCAGAGGAACUCUUCGACCUCUUUGGCAAGUUCGGCCCCGUGCGCCAGAUCCGCCAAGGAAUCGCCAACAACACCAAGGGCACAGCCUUCGUCGUCUAUGAAGAUGUAAUGGACGCAAAGUCGGCUUGCGACAAGCUGAACGGCUUCAACUUCCAGAACAGAUACCUCGUCGUAUUAUAUCACCAGCCAGAUAAGAUGCUCAAGGCCGCAAAUGAUCUCGCCGAGCGCCAAGAGAACUUAGAAAAGCUCAAAAAACAACACGGUAUUGAUUAGGGGUGCGAGAGGCCUCAGGAACAGGUGACAUCGCGCGAGCGAAGUAAAGACAAGACUCCUGUGGGCCUCAAGACCGAUAGCGUAAUCUCUAGACGCUCUUCGAGCCGCGGCGGCGAUACGCGCACCUCGACGACCAAUUCGAUUUUAGCGGAAAAGACCGGCGCUCCUUCUCCGACGACUACAACUACUGCAUGUCGCAGCUGCGACUGGCGUACUGUCAAGCAAUCGUUGAAGGGCUUAUUCAAGUCGGCACACGGCGUUAAGAGGUCAUGACAC